AUUUCCUUCCACACUUUUUUCUUUUUUUUUUUUACUUUUUUUUUUUCCUUUUAAAAAUUGGGAGGGAAGGGGGAAAGGAGGAGACGGGAGCGAGCGGCGUAGCAUCAGCGAUUCUGAAAUGGCCAACGACAAUAAUCUCUCCAGCUUGGUUCGCGAACUCCGCGAACACGUCGCCGCAUCCUCCUCCACUCCGCCUAACAACCUCCGUCGCUCUUCCGGAGAAGAAGAUGAUUCUCUAGUGAUUCGAUUUCGGGCUGUCAUGCCCCAUCUUUUGAAUACCUACCUUGUUCCUUCUCUCGGUAACGGGAGGGAAGUUACAGCUGUUCUGAAGCUUGUUGGUAAUAUAGCAAGGAACUUUCCAGGAGUUUUCUAUCUCGGAACCCCUGCGGCUAUUCUCCCUGUCAUUGCUCGUAUUAUCCCCUUCUUUGCUGAACCAGAUUUUGUUCCUGCGCAUGGAGUACUACUUGAAACUGUUGGCUCUCUCUUAAUGUUGCUGCGUUCCAACUCAAGGAAGGCGUACCGGAUGUUCUUCCUUGACUGUUUGCAGGCCAUUGAAGAUCUGCAACCUAUUGCAUCACGUCACUCAAAUGAACCAGAAAUCUGUGAAUCUCACAUUCCAUUUAGGUGUUUCUGUAUGUCCAUUUCUGGAAUUUGGGGUGAUACUUGUCGUCUCUGUGAUCUGCCAGAUGCUAAUAAACCCAGAGAUGGGGAUGGCCUUGUGUUGAACUUAUUGGGAGCCAAAAGAUGGCAACCUUUUGCUACUUGUAUCCUUAAGCUCAUCUGUAAAUGCCUAACUGAGGGGACACUCUACGUCCACGGUCUCAUCCAUACAUCAUUUGUCAAAGCUGCUUGUUCUCUAGUAUGCGGUGGUGGUGCAGAUUUGCAGAUGGCAUGCUUUGAAUUUGCUUCUCUUGUCGGAUCAAUCCUUACUUUCAACAUCCUCCCUCAUGUGGGCUUGAUACAGUCAAUCAUCCUCCUUUUAAGUGCAGAUGAAGAAGGACUUCCUGUGUACAGAAAUGCGAUUUACGAUGCUACUAUUGGGCGUUUCCUUACGGCAUUAUAUUCCAGCUGUUCUGAUGUCGCUAUCAAACUAACUGCAGAAAGUUUAGUGUUGGUCUUCCCUCAUGCUUUACAGAGAACAAACAGUGAGGAGCUUAAGGCUUCCCUGUGCGGAGCAUAUGCACGGAUUGUGAAAUCUUGUCCUCCUCGUAUUUGGAAGCUACAUUGCCUUCCAGAGUUGCUUCAUCUUUCAAAACCUUGUUAUCAAUUGAUAGAAUGUUUUAAAGCAGUUCUUGUAGUUCUUGGACCUGGUUGUGUUCGAGGUAAGACAACCAAAUGUGGUAGUCAUACAUCAACAGCAAGUGAUGUUGGAAAAAAAAGGCAUAUUGAGGAUGGACGUGCUUACAAAAGGAAGCGCCAGAAGGUUGGUGAUGAUAUUCAACGAGGGGUUUACUUGGAUCCUGAAUUUUCCAGUGAGACUGAUGGAAAAGAUGCUGUUAGUCUGCGUGAGAUGCUUAUUUCAACUGUAGAAUCUUUAAAGCCUCCACCUGCUGGACCUAGUCUGUUACAGACUGAAAUUUCAAUUGUGGCACUUACCAUGCUCAGCAAUGCAUUUUGUUUCUCUCCCUGGACUGACAUGACUCAUCGCUUGUUUCACCAGAUGUAUGCCUGGAUUCCCUGGAUAGCUGAGCAGGUUGAGAAAGAAAAUCCUAUAAUGUUCGAUAUUUCAAUUUACUUGGAAGGAAUUCACAAUAUUCUGCUUGUGCCUGAUUUGGAUUCACGGUAUGAAUAUACAAGUAAAGGGAAUGAUCUGGUUGCCAUACAAUUCCUGCUGAAGCUUCCUUGGACGCACUGCAUGCUGUUUAAGAAGCCUAGCUCUCUAGUAAAGUCUAAGUGUUUAUCUGUGGGAAUAUGGACAAAGCUUGGUUUACAAGAUGGGAGUGGUUUUAAUAUUUUUAAUCGGGCUCUUUCUGACGAUUUUGAACAAGUGCGAGCUGUUGCUGUUAUCUCUAUGCCCCUCAAAGUUCUUUUCUCUGGUCUUGAUGCCCUUCUUCAUAUAUUUCCAAGACUGGAGGAUUUGUUGAAAGAAAAGCAAUUGAUGGUUAAGAAGGCCAUUCCUCAGUCCCUUGGCUUCUUAUCUUGUCUUUAUGGGUCAAGUACAACCCGCUCAGAGAAAACUGCAUGCCAUUUAUUCCUACAUGAAGAUUUGAAGAAAGAUGAGACUCUGAAUUGUCUACUUCAAGGGUUCCAAUGUUCAAAGUGUGAUAAAUUUAUCGAAAGCAAAGAUGAGAAGCAUUUCAUAAUCAUAGAGCCUCCAGAGAUGGUGAAAUUGGAAAUGGACCAUCAUCGUGAUUACUUUAACCUUCAAUUAUAUUUUAAUCUUCUCAAUGACGAGUCUUCUGAAGAGACUCAGCUAGCCUGCGUAGAAGUAAUAAGGAGAAUUCUUGGCCACACCCCCCCAGAUAUUCUGGUCAGAACAAGGUCUCAAUGGAUAAGAUGCCUUAAAGAUCUGCUACUUCAUGCAAAUACAGAUGUAAGGGAAGCAUUCUGUGCUCAGAUUGGUAUCUUUGUACAGCAUCCUAUUUUGGGCGGUUUGUUUCAUGGUGAAGAUGCUAUGGAAAAAAGUUGCGAACAAAAGUUUUUUAGUUUGAUUGAGCGUUCUCUAGCAACAGCGAAGGAUCCUCUUGUCAUCCAGACUCUACUGGAAACGACAGCUGAAGUUAUGGUAGCUGUUGAUGUUACUAGUGAGCUUUUCUUGUUUUGUCUUUUCCUGCUGAUUGAUCAGCUUGAUCAUCCCAACUUGAUCAUCCGAAUAAAUGCUUCAAGGUUAAUAAAUCGGUCAUCCUACGUCCAUGUGAAAGGGGGAUUUGCAACCCUACUUUCCAGAGUUGCUCAUAUUCAAAAUGAGUUGUUUGAUAAUCUAUCUGCCAGGCUGACCAGCCGUUCAGAUGUGGUAAAAGAAUUCGCAGAGGCUGUUUUAGGUGUUGAAACUGAAGAACUUGUGAGGAAAAUGGUCCCUGUUGUUCUUCCUAAGCUCUUGGUAUACUGGCAGGAAAAUGCUGAAGCAGCCAAUACCUUGAACGAACUGGCAAGGUUAUUAGACACAGAUGUGGUACCGCUAAUAGUUAUUUGGUUACCCAGAGUUCUUGCAUUUGCUCUGAACCAAAAAGAGGACAAGAAUCUGCUCUCAGUUUUGCAAUUGUAUCACUCACGGAUUGGUUCUGACAACCAAGAAAUUUUUGCUGCUGCGUUGCCUGCACUCUUAGAUGAGCUUGUAUGCUUUGUGGACAUUGCUGAUAUACCUGAGACAGAUAGACGGGAUAUACUCGCAUAG